AAUAAUCUAUCUAUCUCUCAAUUAAAUUCACUAUAACAUUUUAAAGCUUCUUUUGUUUCUUGUUUAAUUCUCUACAAUAAACUAUUACAUUUUAAAGCUUCUUUUGUUUCUUGUUUAAUUCUCUACAAUAAACUAUUACAUUUUAAAGCUUGAUUUAAUUUGUUUCUUGUUUAAUUCUCUACAAUAAAUAAUUAAGAAACUUGAAAAUAAAAAAAAUGUCUAGCAUUCUUAAGAGGUUCAGCCACAAGAAGAAGAAGUUACUCGACACGACGUCAACAUCAACGGCAACCCCGACCCUGACGUCUCCGGUGGCAUCCCUUUCUUCGUGGUCUCCAUAUACAGAUUAUUAUGAGGAUAGAGAUUCAAGGGAGAUUGAGAAAGUCUUCAGAUACAUAGAUGAGAACGGAGACGGAAAAAUAUCCCCAGCAGAGCUACAAAAAUGUGUGAAAGCAGUAGGAACUCAAAGACUAUCAGUAGAAGAGGCGACGGCGGCGGUGGAAUGCUCGGACUGCGAUGGUGACGGAAUGCUGACGUUGGAGGAUUUCGGGAGAUUGAUGAAAGCAAAAGGGUUAUCAGAGGAAGAGAAAAGGGAGGAAUUAAGAGAAGCAUUCUUGAUGUACAAUGAUAAUAAGAAGAACGAGUCAGGUUUCAUUACACCUAAGAGCUUGAAGAGAAUGUUGAGUCGACUCGGCGAGUCUACUUCUAUUCAUGAUUGUAAGGCUAUGAUUCGUGUGUAUGACCUUAAUGGUGAUGGUGUUCUUUCUUUUGAUGAGUUUGCUCUCAUGAUGAGUUGAAUUAUAUGCAAUGUCAUGGUUGUAUAAUACAAUUGAUUAAGUAGCAUAAUUCAAUAAAUGUUUGUAUA